AAACAGGAAGCAGACUGUUAAAACUCUUGGAGAAUGAGCUAUCUAUGCUAUGGCCAAGACGAGGAACGGAAGACUGCGUCCAUGGCCAAGAGGAAGACUGCGUCCCUCGUAUGGACCGAUGAUGAAGUCCAAUUGUUACUCAAAGUAACAUUGGACUACAAGGCGAGUGUGGCGGCAGACAGGCCAGGUUUUGAUUGGGAGUCGUCCCACAGCAAGUACUGGGAUAUUUUGCAAAGGUUCCUCGAUAACUACCCCUCAGCUGAGGCUGCGUCUGCAAUGGGAAAGGAUUUCCCGCACAAAAAGAAGGACAUUACAAAAGCUCAAUUGACAUCAAAAUUGAAGAACAUGCGGACCAAGUAUAGGCAAUCCGCUGAAGCCGGUCAAAAGAAUCCCCGUGGGCGAGUGGUGCUUCUGUUUUACAAGAUGUGCGAAACCAUUUGGGGAAGUUCACCAGUCAUACACCCCAUCUAUGGGGGGAUGGAGACAAGCGAUGUGAGCCCUGAAACACCCACCGCAAGCGAGGAGUCAUUGAACGAGGAGAUGGACAAUCGCCGUCAGCAACUCGACACUUCUUUGGCAAACCACCGGAAUAAAUUGAAGAGGCUGCGUCCCUCGGAUGUUGUUCAGGAGGACCUGGAAAUUAAGAGACAGCUCCUCCGUCAGCUCGAGACAACGGACAGUCAGUUCAUUAACACCAUAGGCCGUUUGUCAUCCUCCGUGGACCGCAUGAACUCCAACAUCGAGCUGCUGGUCCAGCACCUAGUGGGCAAGAGCAGGCACAACUAUGUGCCCCCACCAUCACCCCAACCACAGCCUAUUGGUAGCACGAGGGGCCUUGAAGAGUUCUCCCCCCUGACAGGUUUGUUUAAAGUCGAGCUCUCCUGACGUCAGGUUGCUUAAUUACCCAUGAGCUCUCCUGCCCUGCACCCAGACACACAGCUCGGAAUUCUGAGCAUGAUCCUCGCUUCCUUUUAUCACUUUGUUUGACUUCUCUCUCCUCCUCUAUCCAUCUUUAUGAUCCUCUGGCUCUUUUCCCUCUGUGUGAGUCUUUAUCUCCUCCUCUCUCCAGCCCUCCACAAUUGUCAGCUGUCAGCCUCAAAUCAAGUCUUCUGUCUGUCCUGCUCCCUCCCUCUACAAACUGCCACGAUAGCCUCUCUUUCUUUCUGGCUUUCUUUAUUUAUCUCCCUCUCUCUUUAUUUCUCUCUCUCUCUCUCUUUCUCUUUCUCUUUCUCUUUCUCUUUCUCUUUCUCUUUAUUUAUUUAUCUCUCU